ACCUCAAUUACUAAAGCCUGUUGCCUUUCUUGAAGGGGAAGGAGCGGACCUCCACCAUGAAGCAAAGUGCCAUCCCGUAUCUGGCCAUGGUGUGCCUGCAAUUAGCCUAUGUUGGCUCCAAUUUUCUUUGCAAAGCUGCCUUAGAUGAGGGGAUGAGCAUCUUUGUAUUCGUCGUGUAUCGCCACAUUAUCGCCAUGUCGAUUCUAGGACCAUUUGCUUACUAUCAUGAGAGGGAACGGCGUCCGCGGCUCACAAUUUCAACUGCGAUGAAGCUAUCAUUUCUUGCUCUUAUUGGGAUCACUUUCCAACAAAAUGUCCACUAUGCUGGCCUCCGCUAUGCCACUCCAACUGUAGCAUCUGCCUUGAACAACCUCAUCCCCGCAGUUACUUUUGUCAUGGCAGUCUUAUUCAGAAUGGAGAAAGUAUGCAUUCAAAAUCUUCAUGGGCAAGCUAAAGUUUUCGGCACUCUGGUCUGCAUAGGAGGCGCACUGAUUUUUACAUUUUGGAAAGGAGUUGUGUUUAAGGGAUUUCAGAUUUCAAUGUUCAAUAUUUAUAGAGCAACCCCAGUAAGCCAGAGGCAUGAUUGGUUCAAGGGUUCAGCUCUCCUCACCACUAGUUACAUUGCCUUCAGUUCAUAUCUUAUAUUUCAGGCUGCAAUCUACAAGGAGUUUCCUGCACCAUUGUCUAUGACUGCCUUGGUCUGUUCCUUUUCAUCACUGCAAGCACUAGUCGUUGCUCUGGCGUUUGAAAGGCAUUCUUCAGCAUGGAGAUUAAGUUGGAACCUGCAACUUAUAACAAUUAUAUACUGUGGAACCAUAAUGUCAAUUGUUGUAUAUUACGUGCAAACAUGGUGUAUAAGCAAGAGAGGGCCUGUUUUUGUAUCUGCCUUCCAACCUCUUCUCUUUAUGGUUAUAGGCCUGCUAUCGUUUCUUCUUUUUGCAGAGCAGCUUCCCUUGGGCAGUCUCGUUGGCGCCAUCAUCAUCAUCAUUGGCCUUUACUGUGUACUAUGGGGCAAGAGCAGUGAUACCAAGGUUGGUAUUGACGAAGAAAUGGCCAACAAAGAAGUCACUGAAAGCAAAACGUCGAGCUUUUGUAGCACCGACUGCAAACCAAAUGACCCUGUUGCGGUGAUCAAAUGAUCUGCAGGCAUGCGACCUUCCUCAUCUUCAUCAUAUAGGAAAAUGACUCAUCAAGCAAGUUCUAGAAUAACUGCCAGACAUCUUGUAAAAUGAUAAUGCUUAAGUGCCAUAUCUCUGAACAAGGUUUUAGCAGUAGGAGCAAAGAGAAACGAUUGCAUCUUUCCUUUCCGAGUUUUUCAUAACUAGCUUACAUGCUUGCGCUCACCAUGAAGUGGCGUUGAAAUUAUUUUGUUUUACUGAGUGCAAAUCAUUUAAAUGUUAA